AUGGAGGAGGGGAGGAAGACGUGGCUACUGAACUGGGGGGGCGUAGCGAUGGACGCUGGAGAAAAUUUGAGGUUGUCCAAGACCACGUCGAAAGUGCCGCUGGGGCUGAGACUGCGGCCGCUGGAUGCGGGUCUUUGUUUGUGUAUAUUGGGAUUUAACCCAUUGCUGGACUCACGUCAGCGAUAA